UUGCUUUUUCUUUCUGUCAUUUGAGCUAUAUCACAAACUCCUAAAAGCCAGAAGCCGCGUAAGAUGUCUUCUUAAUCCGUUUGGACAUUUCCUUGAAGCUGGAUGUGGGAUGUUUACACUUGGAAUGUAGAAUCUGACAUUUUUUCUUUUCCUAACAAGACAGUAAAUCUGGAAGAUACGUUUUAGGUUUCUGCAAAAAGCUUUUGAAAGCCACUGUAAUAAUGGAUCCUCCAAGAAGACAUCUCAAGAAACUGAAAAAGAGGCGGUCAAGUCUUUUUGCAAGUGUCAAACUUAAUGCUAACUUUUCACAGAGCAUAGAAGAGGAAGAGAGUGCCUUUCCUUUUUCACAGGACAGCUCCGUGAAGCCAUGGACGUCGAUGGACAACCUUGAUACUCCAUCACCUCAAACAAAAGACAAAAGGUAUCAAGACAAGGUGAAAAGCAGUGAGAAUGAAGCAACAAAAUUUCCACAUCGGCAUUCAACUGUGAUCAAUGUUAAUGUAGGUGGCAAACUCUUCAUCAUCCCCAAGCACCUGGCUAUCAAACACCCCAGAACCAGAAUAGGCUCCUUAGCCCUGUGCAAAGAUCCUGUCAGGCAGCUGAUGCUCUGUGACGACUACUGUGUCCUCACCAAUGAGUUUUUUUUCGACCGAGAUCCUACUUUCUUCCACUACAUCUUCCACUUCUAUUGUAGCAAUGUAUUGUGGGUAAUGGAGAGUCUGUGUCCCAUCAACUUUGAGGAGGAGAUGAAGUUCUGGGGCCUACACUUAAGGGACACUCCUCGCUGUUGCCGCAUUCUCUACGAAGAGAAAGUAGAUGAGAUUAAAGACCAUCUUAAAGUCAACAGGGAGCUCAUGGCUGAAAUCGAGCCUGUGCACAAUGAAGAGGGUUUCAAGACUAUGUUUUUGGGUGGCAUUCGUAAGUCUUUAUGGGACCUGAUGGAGAACCCGUAUUCUUCAAUGGUUGCCAAAGCCUUUGCUGUGUUCUCCAGCCUCUUCGUCCUCAUCUCUAUUGUAGCAAUGACUCUCAACACUGUGAGUGAAUUAAAAAAAUACAAGAUCUAUGGAAGAACCUAUAUGGAGUUUGUUGAGAUCACCUCAAUCCUCUUUUUCACCUUCGAGUAUUUCCUCCGCCUGCUAACAACUUGUGAUGUCAAGCAUUUUUUGAGGAGUGCACUUAAUUUUGUAGACUUAGUGGCUGUCAUGCCUUACUUUAUCCAGUUGAUAUUCGAGACCUUUGCCAACCAGGAAGAUGUCAGCGUCCAAGAUGAUCUGAGGACCAUGGCGAGAGUAAGCAAAGUUAGCAAAGUGCUUAAAGUUGUCAAGCUCAUGCGAAUCUUUCGCAUUUUGAAACUGGCAAGGCACUCUACGGGUAUGCGGGCAUUCGGCUUCACUAUUCGACAGUGCUUCGAACAGGUCUGCUGCCUGUUUCUGUUCAUCAUCAUGGGCAUCUUCACAUUCUCUGCCCUAAUGCACUCCGUGGAGCAGGAUGUUGCAGGAACCCCCUUUAGCAGCAUACCAGAUGCCUGGUGGUGGGCAGCGGUGAGCAUCUCCACCGUGGGCUAUGGGGAUGUGGUGCCUAUCUCCUACUCCGGUUGAGUUGUGGCUUUUGGGUGCAUAUCUUUCGGCAUCAUUCUAAAUGGAAUGCCCAUCUCUAUCCUGUUCAAUAAAUUUUCAGACUAUUACGCCAAGCUGAAGGCCCAGGAGUGCACUAACACUAAGGUCCAAUGUGGCCUGAACCUGAAGAAAAGACUGCGAAGGAAAUUUGAGAGCUGCUUUGAGCCUUCCGUAGAGGAUUCUGAUGAGGACAGUCGACAUCACACCGGACAGUGUCAACAUUAAACGUCCUUGUCAUGCAGCAUGCCUUUGCUGUCCUUGAACAAAGAGCUCAGGUUUCCUGCCUGCCUUGAAUUAAAUAGGGAUUUAAGAGACCGGGGAACGCCAGGUUAAAGGAAGUUAAGCGAUUAACUUUAAGAUGGCUUACAAAUGACAUGUCCCAAGGAUUUGCGAACCACCUCUAAAAGCAGUGCCCAGACUGCAAUUCCUCUACUGUAACAGAAAAAGUCGUACAAAGAGUGCGAAUGACUAUUUGGUUCACACAGCGUGGUUAUGGAGCACUCUACGGUUAAACAAAGACAAGAUUCUGAGAUUUUUUUUCAGGUUUCUUCUUUAUUAAAGCAAAAUAAAUGAAGAAGAAGUGGGACUCAUGUGGCCUUCAGACACUGUUGGUGUAUAUGAUGUGAUUCUGUGUGUACUGCAGUUGGAUAUAAUGGCACUUUGUUACCUUUUUUUAGAUGACUUAAUCUCAAAUUUGGACUAUUUCGAAGUUAAAUAUAUAAAGAUUCCGUGAUCAGAAGUGUGAAAUGUUUUUGUUGUUGUUGUUAUUUGUAAGUGAUUUUGUUUUUCAAAACCAGACUCAGACUCAUACUGUUCAGACCUGUACUCUCCCACCCUUUAAAUUAUAAUUCUAUAUUUUACCAAUAAUAUCAUCACAUUACCAUGUGAAACUUAUAAUCUAUUUUAUUCUAUUUUUUAGGUAAAGGAUAAAUCCCUUUUGUUCAGUAUUUCUGCAUAUUUCUGCAUCCUUAUACAGUGAAAAACUAAUAAAAGAUACACGAAACAUGAUAUGAAAAUUGUUUCUUUAAGAUUACCAAGAGAGAGCGAGUUCAUUGUAUGUAUGUCAUUACAUAAAUAAUUCAAUAUAAACGGUAUGUAGGCUGUAUG